GAAUUUUCAGCCGCGCUGGUCAGACAGACAGACAGACAGACACAGAGGUACGCGCUAUUUCGGCCUUUAUUCUGACCGCAGUCUUAAUUGUUUACAGCCAUCGCGCGUUUCUCUUUUAAUUAUUUAUUUAUUUAUAUACUUUAGUGUAGUGAUUUGGUCCGUCUGGAGCGCGCGCCUUUACUCGUCUGGACGCCGUGCGCGCGCAACAGAUUCCUCUCCGGCGAGACAGAAGACGGUGUUGAUGUAGACGUCGCUGUUUUUUUUUUCUUUCUUUCUUUUUUAUUUUAUUGUAUUUGUUCCUCUGCACGCGCUGCGCCCCUCCCCGUCUGCCGGUUUGGACUGUUCCGGGGUGUGUUUCUGCGUGAAAGUGUGUGUGUGAUGUUUUGGGAGCGAUAGAGGAUCACACAGACGCACACGCACGCACGCAAAGGCAGACGCGGGCGCUGUGAAGAAAGAAAGGAAGAAAAGGUUCAGAUUAAAAGUGAUCGCGCGUCCAUGUGGGAUUUUACUAUGAGAAGAGAAACAAUGCGCAGCGCGUGCUUUGUGCUCUUCACUCUCUUGGUGUCUGGGUUUGGUCAUGUGGUGGGAAGGACCUUGAGGUACCGCGUGCUCGAGGAGCAGGAGGCGGGCACCGUGAUCGGCUCACUGAAGGAGGAUGCGCGUGAUGUUCUGGCUCACCUGCCCAGCUCGGUGCCGUUACGUUUCCGGGCCGUACAGCGUGGCGGGGCGAGCGCCUUAUCCGUACGUGAGCGUGAUGGCGAGAUCAGCGUAAGAGGCCGACUGGAUCGAGAAAAGUUGUGUGACCGGAACCCAAACUGCUCAGUGGAGUUCGAUGUACUGACCCUGCCCACUGAGCACCUGCAGCUCUUCCACGUACAGGUGGAGAUACUGGAUGUGAAUGACCACGCGCCGCGCUUCCCACGUGCCGUCAUCCCUCUGGAGAUCUCGGAAACAGCCGCCGUAGGGACACGAGUCCCUCUGGACAACGCGGCUGACCCGGAUGUUGGCGAAAAUGCUCUGAGCACGUACACUCUGAGCGCAUCCGACACCUUUAGGAUCGACGUCCUUACUGGAACCAAUGGCGCCAAGUACGCCGAGCUAGUGGUGCUAAAGGAACUAGAUCGGGAGACACGAUCAAGCUACGAACUACGACUUACAGCCUCAGAUGCCGGGUCACCUCCCAGAACUGGAACCACACUUCUGAAGAUCACAGUCGCUGAUUCGAAUGAUAACAAUCCUGUCUUCGCAGAGUCGUCAUAUACCAUCGAACUCCCGGAAGACGCAGCACCAGGUGUCUUGCUGGUGGAUCUGAACGCCACAGACGCAGACGAAGGCACGAACGCCAAGAUCGUUUACUCCUUUAGCAGCCACGUCUCUCCAAAAGUAGUAGAAACGUUCCGGAUUGACCCAGACACCGGCCACCUGACCCUGCUCAGGAAGGUGGACUUUGAGACAGAUGAUUCGUAUGACGUAGACGUCCAGGCGCAAGACUCCGGGCCAAACUCAAUGCCAGCACACUGCAAGAUCACAAUCAAGGUAAAGGACGUAAAUGACAACAAGCCAGACGUCAGCGUGAGUCUGAUGGGAAACGAUGAGGAAGCAGCGUCUGUCUCAGAGUUAGCACCUGUGGACACGUUUGUAGCACUUGUGCGUGUGGAUGAUGCAGACUCGGGUUUGAAUGGCGAGGUCCUGUGCCGGCUUGCUCACGAAGGUCACUUCCGGCUUCAGAAGACGCACGAGAAGAACUACGUGAUCCUUACAAACGCCACGCUAGACCGAGAGACUCGCUCGGAAUACGGCCUCACGAUAAUCGCUGAGGAUCGCGGAACACCGAGCCUGUCCACUGUGAGACACUUCACGGUGCGUGUGCAGGAUGAGAACGAUAACGCGCCCCACUUUGAAAAGAACCGCUACGACGUCUUUAAGGAUGAGAACAACUCCCCUGGCGCUUACCUCGCCACGGUACAUGCCACAGACCCGGACUUAGCCACUAACGGUCACGUGAGCUAUUCUGUAUUGGAGAGCAUGGUGCAUGGAAGCUCCAUUUCUACUUAUGUCACCGUGGAUCCGUCCAGUGGCGCCAUUUACGCCUUGCGCACCUUUGAUUAUGAGGAAAUUAGCCAUAUUAGCUUCAUGGUUCAAGCACGUGACUAUGGCAACCCGUCGCUAAGCAGCAAUGUGACUGUUGUCUUGAAUGUCCUGGAUGUGAACGACAAUCGCCCGGUGAUUGUAGCGCCUCCGCUUCGGAAUCACACCACUGAGUUCCCCGUCUCCAAGUAUUCCGACUACGGAGAUCUCGUAACUACGAUCACGGCUACUGAUCGGGACUCGGGUGUCAACGGCGACCUCUCGUGCACCAUCGCUGCCGGGAACGAGGCUGGCUACUUCUACAUGGACAGCCGCACGUGUGAAAUCCGUGCAAACGUGAGCUUGCGUGACGUCCCGACAGAUCAUGUUGAACUCAUGAUUCUGGUCCAGGAUCACGGCAGCGAACCACAAGAAACGAGGGCUCUGUUGCGCGUGGUGCUGCUCGAGAACCCUGAGAACCUUGCUGACCCACUUGCCACAGGGGGUGUAGGUAAAGAGAACGUUCUUGAUGCCUCCACCAUCAUCAUCAUCUCAUUAGGUGCCAUUUGUGGUCUGCUGAUUAUCAUCAUGGCGGCGCUAGCCUUGCGCUGCUCACGUGACAAGAACGACACGCGCUCAUACAACUGCCGCGUUGCAGAAUCGAACUAUCAGCAACGUCCGAGGAAACCGUCACGCCAGAUUCACAAAGGUGACAUCACACUUGUACCGACUGUUAACGGCGCACUUCCUGUUCAUCAUCACUCGCCCACCACCACGGUCCCGAUCCAUCACAGCCACCAAUCACUGAACAGCAUCGUCACUGUGACAUCCAAUCAGAUCCCGGAAAGCUUCGUCCUGGAGCUGACGCAUGCCACGCCCCCUGUGGAGCAAGUUUCACAGCUGCUCUCCCUACUCCAUCAGGGUCAGUAUCAGCCUCGGCCCAGCUUCAGAGGAAACAAACACUCUCGCAGCUACAGAUACACACUCCCAGACUUGGAUAAGUUCAGUCUGAAGGACAGUGGGCGGGGCGACAGCGACAGCGACGGCGAGCUCGGUCGUGAUUCGCCAAUUGACCGGUUGCUAGGCGACGGAUUCAGCGAGCUCUUCCACGUUGACACACACAGCAGAGUCCACUCAGGGAUGAAGCUGUGUACGGAGGAGUGUCGGGUUCUUGGUCACUCUGAUCAGUGCUGGAUGCCGUCGUUCUCCUCGUUCUCCACUGAAGACGAGCGCCGCAGUUUCUCCACCUUUGGGAAAGAUGCUGAUGAUGAAGAGGAGGAGGAUGAUGGAGGAGAAAGAUCUCUGUUCUCUGACAUCAACUCCGUCCUCCAUCGACUCAUCCCUCCUUCUCACGCCGAGCCUGGUGACCUCAGCGAAGGCUCCACCCCCUGCUGUGUCACCAACGAGACCAGGAAGUGCUUCCUUCCAGGAAACUCGCACUUCCAGAAUUCGGCUAAUCACACUUCAAAUUCAAAAUGGCUGCCUGCGAUGGAGGAGAUCCCGGAAAACUUUGAGGAGGACGAGACGGAGAGCGCGAUGGGAUUCCGUAAACGAACCGAGGACGAAUUCGCCGCCGAAAUCAACAAACUGCUGCUGGACGUCCAUCAGAGCUAACGCUAACGCUAAUGUCAAACCAAAUGCAGGACCGGAUUGAAAACUUCUCUCUCUCUCUCUCUCUCUCUCUCUCUCAUUUUCUCACUCUGUCUGUGCUCCAAUCCUGUUUAACAACACUUCCCCCUCAUUCACUUACCCCAGAUCCCAUUUGAUACUCAUCAUCUUAAGGGCUGUGUAUCUGUUAGCUCGAGUGAAGUGCACUAGAUAAGGGGUCGAGUCCACAUCGCAGUACACUUCAGGGUUACACUUAUUUAUUUACCCAGAAUGCACUGCUGCACCAAGCUGUUAAACAGAAGCAAUAAAUGACUUCGAAAACGUUUACGUUGAUAAACUCCGUGCUAGUCAGUGGAACUGUGCUAGCUAGCUAGAUUAUUAGCUAAUUUGCACACUCGUUAGUGGACACGUGUAGCGUUUAAAUGUCCUGCACUGACCGUGUUCCUGUGUGUGACGUGCAGAGUGUGUGCUCCUGCUGAUGAUGUGCACUUAGGGGAAGUGGUCAUGGGCGCAGUGGAAAAGGAUUGGAGCACAGCCAGCUGUCAGGGUGAAAUAAUCACACAGAGAGACAGACAGUUAGAGACAGACAGACAGGCAGAUAGAGACUGUACGCUGAAGCCUUUCCCACUCUUCGAUCACAUGACUGUGUUUUAGUGAUUAAUGUGAUUUGGAACAAAGUGCAACUUCUCUCGUCUUUUUUAUUUUUAGUCUCUUUUUAAUUUAAUUCAUUUUUUAUUACACCGUGAACACAAUGUGACUGUAAAUCGCCUUUAUAAUCCAACACUGUUGUUUUUUUUAACUCUAUAUUUAUAAGUGUGUGUGUGUGUGUGUGUUUGUACAGAAAAGUCUAUUUUUUAUACCUUAAUGCAUGUAAUACUGAAAAGAAAUGCAAUUUUUGUUUAUGUACAAAUUAAUAAAAAAAAUCCUGACUAGCCUUUUA